UACCCUAGAGUUGAGAAAGUCUGGGGCUGCUUGCUGUACCUCCACGUAGAGAAAACACUCCGGCGGCCUUCAUCUCCGAUAUCCGAGAUGGCUGAAGCAAAAAAUGUCCCCGAGUCGGUCUUGAAGAAGCAGAAGAGGCAAGAGGAGUGGGCUCUGGCCAAGAAGCAAGAAAUUGACGCCAUUAAGAAGAAGAAUGCUGAGAACCGAAAGAUUAUUUUCAACAGAGCUAAGCAGUAUGCCAAGGAAUAUGAGGAGCAGCAAAAGGAGCUGAUUCAGUUGAAGCGUGAGGCGAGGCUGAAAGGAGGCUUCUAUGUUAACCCUGAAGCUAAAUUGUUGUUCAUUAUUCGCAUCCGUGGUAUCAAUGCUAUGCACCCCCAGACAAAGAAGAUAUUGCAGCUUCUCCGUUUGAGACAGAUUUUCAAUGGUGUAUUCCUAAAGGUCAACAAAGCAACAAUCAACAUGUUGCACAGGGUUGAGCCAUAUGUGACCUAUGGGUAUCCUAACUUGAAGAGUGUGAAGGAGUUGAUAUACAAAAGGGGAUAUGGAAAGGUUAACAAGCAAAGGAUUCCCUUGACUGAGAACUCUAUCAUUGAGCAGACUCUUGGCAAGCACAACAUAAUAUGUGUUGAAGAUCUUGUUCACGAGAUCAUCACUGUUGGACCGCAUUUCAAGGAAGCUAACAAUUUCCUUUGGCCAUUCCAACUCAAGGCUCCACUAGGUGGUCUUAAGAAGAAAAGAAACCACUACGUGGAAGGAGGAGAUGCUGGAAACAGGGAAGAUUAUAUCAAUGAACUCAUUAGAAGAAUGAACUAGACAUUGGCGGGUGCCUGACCUUCAGUCUGUCAAGAUUUUGAAAGUUGUUUUGUUGCCCAUUGUCAGUUGGAUGAGUUAUUUGUUUUUAGUUUUGCUUGAACCUUUUGGAGUUUAUUAAAACAGGUGAUUAGCAUGUUGUUGACUAUGCCCUCUACAUUUUACUCAGUAUUCCGGAUUUAUAGCCUCAAUGCAAUUUUACUUUGUUUAUUA